UUCUGUCAGUGUCUGCUCUUUGCUCUUUCAUUGGCUCUGCGGUGUGACUGACAGGCGCGUGCUCAACUGUCAACAAAUCAACGUGGUUCAGGGUACGCGGCUCCCCUCCCUCAUUAUCAUACAAGUUGUUUGGACACAUGCACGCAUCCUCGUGAUUCUGACUUGCUACAAAGUUGGUUAAAAGUGACUGAAGUCUGUUGCUGACUCACAGUUUUGAGCGUUUCUCACUCAGUUGGACUCGUAUUUUAGACAUCAGCAGAUAUUCCACAGGUUGCUCGUCAUGUCAACAGCUAACCAAAUCAUCUUCGGAGAAAGGAGCGACGUUCCUGAUCUCUUCAAGUCCAUGGCUGAUUGUUCCUUCUCCUUCCCGGCCUUUGAUGACACCAAAAUAGAGAAGGAGAAGCUGGUCUCAUCUGAGGAUGCGGAGGGAGGCGCGGCCGGAGCAGCCAGUGCUGGAGGAGGCGGUGGCGGUGGAGGGGUAUCAGCCUCCUUGACCCCAGCUAUUUGGGAGAAGACAAUUCCCUAUGAUGGGGAGACCUUCCACUUGGAGUACAUGGACCUGGAUGAGUUCCUCCUGGAAAACGGGAUCCCUGCGAGCCUGGAGGAGGAGGAGCUACAGAAGACUCUGGCCUCGGUGGGAAUCAAAGCCAAAUUCAUCCCCAAGGUUACACCUACUACUACUACUACUACUACUGCUGCUGCUGCCCCUGUCCCCGUCUCAGCAGCUUCCCCCUCCGCCACCUCUACGGUCACCUCAGAUCCAGAGGAAACGGUGACAGUCACUACGUUACUACCAGCUAAGCUUGAAGAAGAAGAUGAAGAGGAAGAGGAAGGACAAGAAGAGGAAUCUUUGUCCGAGGAGGCAACAGCCGAAGUGGAAGAGAAAGAGAAAAAAACAGAUCGUAAGCCUGCAGAGCGCAACACUCCCUCCCCCAUCGACCCGGAAGCCAUCGAGGUGGACAUUAAUUUCCAGCCGGAUCCCACAGACCUGGUCCUGUCCAGUGUGCCGGGAGGAGAGCUGUUCAACCCGCGCAAACACAAGUUCUCCGACGAGGAGCUGAAACCGCAGCCUAUGAUCAAGAAGGCUAAGAAAGUGUUUGUUCCUGAUGAGCAGAAGGAUGACAAAUACUGGUGGAGGAGAAAGAAGAACAACGUGGCAGCGAAGCGUUCUCGUGACGCGCGGCGGCUGAAGGAGAACCAGAUCACGGUGCGCGCCUCCUUCCUGGAGCGGGAAAACGCAGCGCUGCGGCAGCAAGUGGCGGAGCUGCGAAAGGACUGCGGUCGCUGCAAGAAUAUCCUGACCCGAUAUGAAGCUAAGUACGGCCCACUGUAAAAAACUGAAUAGAACCCAAGACGUAUCAAUGAGACAAAAAGCAGAACUCUCUUCCCCGCAGAAUUCAACACGGACACAAACCACCAAGGGAAUCUAAAUUUGCACUGUCGUCUUCGCUGACCUCCAGUCACUGUGUCGAGCUCCAGCUGUUGUUUUCUAACACGAUGCUGGAGUCUAGGAUACACACUGGCGAGGCGUGAUGAGAGCGGUGGUCACAGGAAGGCCUGUGGAGAGCGCCUGGCUCCUACACUCGGAGAGGACGAUUGUGGACACUCCCGUGGUCAAUCACACAUGGAAAAUCUAAUCCGUCUCAAGGCCGUUUCAAGAAAGUCAGGAAAUCUGAAAAAGAGCAGAGUGGUACAAAAGAAUCCCAGGAUUUUUACAUACGACACAAAUCAGUUUUUAUCACAGCACAGCACUUCUUCUUAGUGGACCAAAGCAUGAGUAACGUCAAUUUAGAAGUCCUGUAUUUAGAACGAUGCACACUUACCGCCCCUAACAUUUCCUCGUGUUGCACUCAUGUUUGUGUCGUGUCUGUACUUUCUUUAAAAUACUCCGGCUGAGGCUAAGGCGGUUGGCAGGGUAGGAGAGGAACAGAUAAAUGAUAAAGGAGCAGGAGAAGGGAUUCAGUGGUACUUCCAGACCGCAGCGAAAGGAAGCAAAAGGCUGAGGUCUGCAGAGGAGAAAAGGACGAGAGUCCGUUAGUGAUUCAGUCACAGUUCUUCCAUCUUGUAACCCACAUGCACGCCUCUGCGCACACAAAAACUCUUUGUGUAUAUAGUCAUCUCCCUGUGGCACAUAAUAGAUAUGUGUGUGUGUGUAUCAGUGUGUAAUUCAUUUUUGCACUUCCUCUUAAAAAAAACACAGUGUUUUAAAGAUUAUAGUGGUGGCAGGUAUCUACCUUAUUUACUACCACCAUGGGAGACACAGUAGCUUCUUAUUAGGGGGAAAAAACAUGCAUGACCUACAAUUUUUAAAGCUACUGUGAUCUAGUUUCCUUUUCUACUAACCUCAGAUCAGCUUCCAGAGCCUCACACAAGUAGAAGGGUUUUUUAAAAUUAUUUUUUUCAGAUGAUUAUACAAAUUAGUUUUUUUCCUGUCGGUUACUUUCGAAGGCACAUGUCUGAUGAUCUCCAGGGCCCUCACCGGUGGAGGGGUAUGUUCAUGCGUAGAGAUGUUUAUUUUACUGCACACUGCAGGUAGAGGGCGCUAGAGCCUCCGCCUGUCUGGUUAUGGUGUAGUGAUGGCUGGAUUGAUUUUACAUUUUAGUCGCAGUCGACUGCUUCUAAACUUUGUAAAUAAAUGAUUGUUUCAUAGUCUUUAUUUCCUAAGACAAGGAGACUGUGUCUUUAUUAACCCAAUACUAUUCCUUAUAAUUGCCAAAUAGUCAAUGAGUGCUGUAUUUAUUCUGAUGGUAAUAAUGCAUCUGUUGAUUUUGAUGUACAACAAUAUGUCAGAUAAUUCUAUUUCCUUUGAGGAACAAUACUUCUAUAAUGAAACCAAUGCAGGGAAAUCAAUGGGUAAACUGUGCUUUUUGGAUGUUUGUUUAAACAACGGAUUUAUAUAGUUUUAUUCUCUAUAUACUUAAAGCAUGUGUCUGAACACACAAAGGACACACUCUUAUGUAUCUUAUUCAACACUUCCUAUUUUGAAUGGUAAAAGUUUAAUAGGGCUACAAAGUGGUUGAGGCAGAGAGCACAUAAAGCAGCAUAAUUCAUACAUUGGGUUAUUUUUCUAAAUUAGUAAAUACAGACUGUUAUGGGACUCUUAAGCUCAAGUAUCUUUUGCUGAUGCACAUUUUGUGCUUGGUCGACUUGUGCACAUAAUCGCCAUCAUCUUGGAAAUAAAAUUAAUGUGGCAAUAAUACUCUGUUAUGUAAUGCUCGUUUUAUUUCAGUGACGUAUGUAAAAUUGUUAUGAUGUACUAAAUAGAAAUGCCCCAAAGUCAUUUGUGCUUCCAGUUUAGAUCCUCUGUAGUCUAGGAUCCUAAUGCAUGAAACCCAGUAAACUUGUCUUUUUUGUUUUUCUUGAAUAUACACCAAGUGUACUUAUGUCUGUAAACCAUCACUGAAACUGAAUAUGUUUUUGGAUGGGUACGUUGAUGGUCUGUUGUACAGUUCUGUCAAAAGAAAAAGAAAAACAUCUUUGCUUUGAUCUCCUGUGUUUACGACUUGCAUAAUAGCGCCACCUAUCCUCGUGCAGCCAGUGCUUGACCUCGGGGCAAACAUCCGCUGAAAACGGCUUUUUGAUCACUGUGUGGAUUGUUUUCUAUUUACUAAAAGCUUGAUCUAUAUCUAGAUACACUGGAUCAGUUGGUGAUUUUGUGUUUUCUUGAUAGAUUCUGUGUUUGUUUCAGUUUCCUGAAGGUUUAGUGAAAUGUCUUGGCAAUGUUUUCAUGUUGCAUUGACAUCCAAACUUCAAUGCAUUGACUGCAUUAUGCUAUGUUAUACAUCAAUGUAGUUGAUGAAUGCAAACAUUUAGUUUAUAAACUAAAUUAAUAUUGUUCUACAUCAGGCUGACUAAAGGUACAGGCCAAGAGAUUAUUUUAGAAGACAGAAAUUAAGAUUGUUUUAUUAUACUGCAUACAGAAUUUCUUUUUUUAAUGGAAAGCUCCUCAUGGAACCAGCUUGUAAAUCUCAAACUUGCUCAUUUCAUGUUUAGCAGGCUGUGUCACCAAUAGGAAAGGAAAAUGGCAGCAGCAGUGGUUUAGAUCUGCAGCUGUCUGUCGCCACCUACAGACAAAGAUAGUAACUGCUGCUUCACUUUUAAAACCAGUUUUGCGCCACCUAUAAGUAAUGUUACAACGGCAUGUUUUCCUCUAUAGGAGCUCUUCCUUAGAGGUUUUUAAUUCCUAUGCCUAAAAUCGGGCUUGGUCAGACACUUCAUCAUUAGGGGAUUCAGAAUGAAAGUGACUUAUCCAGAGCUGCUGCGUUACAAGGGACACACACAAAAAGCAUAAUAAAAACUUUAGCUUGAAUACUCUCUGCAGGUGGCACGUGUGUAAAUUGAUUUCUUUGCCUGUACGUCUUGCAAAUUAGCAUCUACAGCUGAAGGUCUGCGUUUUUAUUUUUGGCUUAAACUGUUGUCUCUGGCUUUUGUGUGCUGCGCAUCAUUGACAUAACGUCUUCGUUUGCUAAUUAAAGUAGCUACAAAACCCCUGAAAGAGUUGUGGUUUGUUUUAUUUUCUCUUUUUUUAUACAAACAUGUUAAGUGUUUUUUGUAUUGUCCUAACCAUGUAUAGGAUGCAGUACCAUGUCCUAACUGUAUCUUGUAAUUAAAAAAUAAAUUGAGAUUUAAUG